AUGAAUGGUACAUUGCGACAGGAGGCGGCUAUUACUGAAGCUGUCACCAAUUUCUUAUUCAGGGUAUGGAAGACUGUCACACUCUGUAGACCACCGGAACCCUUCAGUGGAAUUUGCUGUCAAAUGGUGGAAAGGGACAGCAAUCUCACUGAGGCUUGCUAUUUGUCUGUACAGAUGUACAGACUAGGCAGAGGAGAUCAUCUCUAUACCAUUUCAGAAAUGUCUGGACUAGGUAUCUCCACUGUCUCCUCAAUCUGUCAGGAAGUCUGUCAAGUCCUGGUGAACCAUUUAUGGAAUGAGACUGUGUCAACUCACAUGCCUCAGACAGGAGAGGAGUUCAAACAAAAAAUUCUCAACAUUGAAGAAUUUUGGCAAUUUCCUUGCUGCUGGACAGCAAUAGAUGGUUGUCAUAUUCCCAUGAAAUGCCCAUCUGGAGGACUACAGGCAUGCAAAGAGUACCAUAAUUUUAAGAAUUUCUACUCAAUUUCAAAAAGCUUGACUUGAGUUAAUGUGGUAGAUUCACAUUACAGAUUUGUGUGGGGCAGCUAUGGGUUUCCAGGAAAUUCUUAUGAUGCAGUCAUAUUUAGAUCAACUGACCUUUGGACCCGCAUCAAAGAAGGCUUCCUUCCUGUAAUUGGAAAAACUGUAGGCAAUGUUACUGUCCCACCACUUAUAGUGGGAGACUCUGCAUUCCCUCUGCACACAUGGUUGACAAAACCAUACACCAAUGCAGUUCUGGCACCCCAGCAACGGAACUUUAAUUACCACUUAAGCAGAGCCCUUAUGGUUACAGUCAGGGUGCUUUUGGGCAUGCAUGGUUCUCCAUAA